AUGUCAUGGCCCAAUUUGUUGAAACGUGCCCUGGCACCAGUGUCAUGUGACAGUGAUGAUCAACCUAGCCCGAAGCGUGUUAGAAGUGAAAGUAAAUCUCCACUAGAGGAUGAAGGCGCAUGGCACAUUUUAUUCCAGUACCUCACCACUGAGAUGACCUACCCUCAGAUGGAAGAGAAAUUUAUAUCUUACCUGGGUGAUAGAUACUGUGUGAACGACUGGAAGGACGCCCAAGACACGCUGUUCUCUGCUGAUGACCUAAAUGAUAAUGUGACUCCCUUGGUGAAUCUUCAGGCCUUGUACGCUAAGCAUGUACUACCUCAAGUCUCUUUGCUAUCAAAUAUGGCGAGUCCAUUGGAAGAUUCUCUCAUAGUUGCAUCUGCAUUGAGGACACUUGGGUGCUUGUCAGAUGUCUGCAAGAGUCAUCGCCAACCAUGUCAACAACCCACACCAAAGAAUCCCUUCAUCGAUGCUGAGGCAGAGGAGGGCUCGAGCAAGGACGAGGAAAAGGGGGAGGGGGAGGAGGGCGGCUGCUCUGUUCAGUCACUGAAUGUCACAAGCUUGCCAGGACCAUCAGGCAAACAGACUUUUUUCACAGCAGUUGACAAUAUCUUUGACCAGACAGACGCCUUCAACGAGUUCCUUACAGGGCCACCUGGUACCCCAGCACAAUUGAAAGUAGGAAGUACCUGCUGCAUGUUCAGAGAACUGCAACUAGUUAUAUCACUGCACAGCUUCGAGAGAAAAGGACUCCCUGUCACCAUUUCGGCUUGGACCCCAGGCCAACUCUACAUGGUGUCUGAUAGUCCGAAAACCAUUGUGCUCAUUCCUCUCGAGCAUGCAUAA